UCUACAGGCUUUACUAUUACACGCAGUCAAAUUGCAGGCUCAACCGUUAUAUAAUUUCAUGUAAUAAUGUGGCUGUCAUCUGAUUUUAGCUGAAGCCUCGUAGAUAUUCCUCAAACUAUCUCAGGACACUGACACAGCUUCACCAAACAGCUGCAAGCUAACGGUAGCUUUAGCGGAGGAUACAGUGCGGUGCAGCUAACAGCUGUACAGCUGUUGACAGGCGGCCACCGCACCGACACGGAAACAACCGACUCUCCGUGCAUCCCUGCAGAGGGUAACGUAACCGGCCGAGAGGAGCAAAUGAACGAGCUGGUGAAGAGUCUGCCCUCCCCGACUCUCCCGGGGCUCCAGCUGCCGUACUUGAACACCGGUAACCACAAAGGCUGGCUCUAUAAAUGGACCAACUACCUGAAGGGUUACCAGCGGCGGUGGUUCGUCCUCAGUAACGGCCUGCUGUCCUACUACAGGACUCAGGCAGAGAUGGCGCACACCUGCCGGGGCACCAUUCCCUUGGCCACAGCACACAUCGAGGUGGGGGACACCUGUCACCUGGUGUUAACCAGUGGAGGCCGAAGCUACCACCUGAAGGCCACCUCUGAGGGAGAGUGUCAGCGAUGGGUCUCAGCCCUGCAGCAAGCCAGGGCCAAUUCCACUCUGCUGAUGCACCACUCAGAUGACUCAGGAGAUGAAGGCCCUGUACCUCAGGAGGACCGAGCCCUAACCCAAGGGGUGCUCAAGGCUCUGGCCAGCAAGCUAGAUGACCUGAGCACCUGUAAUGAGCUGAUAGGAAAGCACGGCGCCGCCCUCCAGCGCUCCCUCAGCGAACUCGAGGAACUGCGCGGAUCCACUGACGGCACGGACAGAGUGAAAGCUGUUAACGAGCGAGCCACCCUUUUCCGCAUCACCUCCAAUGCUAUGAUCAAUGCUUGUCGUGACUUUCUGGACGUAGCAGAAUCUCACAGCCGAAGGUGGCAAAAGACCCUGCAGUAUGAGCGAGAGCAGCGUCACCAUCUGGAGGAGACCAUCGAACAGCUAGCCAAACAGCACAACAGUUUAGAGAGAGCUUGGAGGGAGAACCCCACGUCAUAUACAGGUGUGGAGCGUUCUCAGGAGGGGGACGCGAGUGAUGACAAUGACGAGGCAGAGUUCUUCGAUGCGAUGGAGGACUCCCCUGCAUUCAUAACCGUGACCGCUAGUGGCAACAUACAGCACAAGCGCUCGGGGAGUAAUCAGAGUAUGAUGAGCGGAGGAAUGUCCAAUGACUGGACUCACAAUGAGAAUGACACCUCAGGCACAAACCACAUGCAGCUACGAAGAACAAGACGCAGUCGUAUCCCUGACAAGCCAAAUUACUCCCUUAACCUGUGGAGCAUCAUGAAGAACUGUAUUGGCAAAGACCUGUCCAAGAUACCCAUGCCUGUAAACUUCAACGAGCCAUUGUCGAUGCUGCAGCGUCUGACGGAGGAUCUGGAGUACAGCGAGCUUCUGGACCGGGCCUCUCGCUGUCACUCCUCUCUGGAGCAGAUGUGCCUGGUGGCUGCCUUUUCUGUGUCCUCCUACUCCACCACAGUGCAUCGCACAGCCAAGCCCUUCAACCCUCUGCUGGGGGAGACUUACGAGCUGGACCGGCUGGAGGAGUAUGGUUAUCGCUCUAUCUCUGAGCAGGUCAGUCAUCACCCGCCAGCUGCUGCCCACCAUGUGACGUCGCAGCGAGGAUGGACCCUGUGGCAGCAUAUCGCCAUUGAUAGCAAGUUUCGUGGGAAAUAUAUUUCUGUCUUGCCAUUAGGAAACAUUCACCUGGAGUUCCACUCAAGCGGAAACCACUACGUGUGGAGCAAAGUGACUUCAACGGUGCACAACAUUAUUGUGGGGAAACUUUGGAUUGAUCAGUCUGGGGAAAUUGACAUUGUUAACAACACCACCAAGGACACCUGCCGCCUCAAAUUCUCCCCCUACAGCUACUUCUCCAGAGAUGUCCCACGUAAAGUGACAGGAGUGAUAGAGGACAGAGAGGGCACAGCCCAUUACAUUCUGUCAGGAACCUGGGAUGACAAGAUGGAGAGUGCCAAAAUAGUGGACCGCAGCCAAGGAUGCGGAGGCUCUGAAGGCAAACAAAAGACAGUUUAUCAGACUCUUCAACCCAAACUGUUGUGGAACAAAUACCCUCUCCCAGAUAAUGCAGAGAACAUGCACUUUUUCUCCUCCUUGGCUCUGACUCUCAACGAGCCAGAAGAGGGUAUUGCACCCACCGACAGUCGUCUGCGGCCAGACCAGCGGCUAAUGGAGGCGGGUGUGUGGGACGAAGCAAACACUCAGAAGCAGCGUCUGGAGGAGUGUCAGAGGCUGGACAGGAAAAAAAGGGAGGCGCAAGCCAAUCAGGCCCUGGAGGAAGGGCAAGACAUCGAGGGUCACCAGCCACUGUGGUUUGAAAAGAGGGCAGAUGAUACAACAGGAGAAAGUACCUACGUCUACCGGGGCGGCUACUGGGAGGCCAAAGAAAGACAGGACUGGAACCAAUGCCCUGAGAUCUUCUAGGAAAAAAGUUCCCCUUACACCAUGCAUCAGACAGACUGAGUCCUCCUAAUGUAAGGAUACUCUGUGACAUAUGGACAGUGUGUGUGUGUGUGUGUGUCUGUGUGUGUGUGUGUGUGGAGCUGAAUGAUAUAUGCUUUACAUAUGCUUUACAGAGAAAGGAUUUCUGCACCAACACACAUAUUUCAUUGGGUGUGUAUGCGGAUAACUUAGGGGAAAGGAGGGCCGUGGACGUUUUGGUACAAGCACUGAAUGUUCUCCUCGAAGUGGGAACAGCAUGUUCCUCAUGCUGAGCUCUGACAGAGACACCAGACACUUAAAGGACUGUAGCAGGACUACGCAUUCUUCUGCACUUAAAGGCUUUUUCACAGCAGAACUUCAUUUAAUGAUCCACCUGAUUUCAGGGAUUUUUUUUUACUAUAUUGCCCAAACUGUAUCUUGAAGGAUUUACAGUCAUUGUCCAGUCUGACUGGCAGCUAGUACUGGAACAUGGAAACCAAAUUAGAUCUCAUUCUCUUUGUGUGGACAACUGACUGAAUACACCACGCUGUUUUAUAGACAACUGCUGCUUCCACAUGAUCUUGUUUGCAUUAAAGGGACACUCCACUAUUUACUAGUAUGAAGAUUACCACAGCCUGUGAAAACGGUUGUGAAGGGUUUUCACAGGCUCUACUCUCAGCUGGAGUUUGAAAAGUUAACCAAGCUGGGAGGGUCUAACUAAAGACACCAUUGAUUUGUAUUAUGGGAAAUGUAGGAUCCAGCAUUUUUGGAGCUUCGCCAUUACUAAGGACUAAAAGUAAGGAUGUCUUGAUCUCUGCUGUAUCUAUUUUGACCGCUGUCUUUUAAAUGUGUCUCUCACAAGUCGUCAAACUUAAUGUAACAGUAAAUCACUGGAGUACCACUUCAAAUAUCUCAAGACUGAAGACCCACUGAAGUACAAGUCUGCUUAGCCUGGGGGAUAUAUACUUCAGCAAGAAAAUAUGUUGGUGCUCAAUGGUAGGUUUAGCCUUAAUUAUGUAAUGAAGCACUAAAUCACGAACCACAACCAAUCUCUGAGAUUCUGUGCAGGUUAUAGAAAUCCGGCAAGCUAUGUAUACGUCAGGGUAAUUUAUAUUUUGUUCCAGUUUUAUUCAAAUGAUCAGGGCUCAUCAUCUUGAUAAGUAGCAACAAACGCAGUUUCCCCUUUUUCCCCGUUUGGAUAUGUCAGCAAUAACAUAAUUGCACACAAUGUCACUUGAGAAGAAAAUACUUUUUGCAGCACAAAAAGUAUGUUUUGGUGACUGUUCUCCAUUAGCUGAAUGAUAGUUAUGUAAAGAAAUCAGAUUUAUACACAUCGGUCAAGGACCAGAAAAACAAUUAAAGAAGAUUACAUAUGCUGAUGUUUUGUGUGUACAUUGGUAGUACAUUUACAUACAAUAACGGAUAUUAACCUACUUAUUUAUAGUUUUAGCUUGUUGUGUAUUAUAAUAGGGUGGUAAUAAUUGCCUGGUUGCUUUUCGCCUGUAUAUAGCAAGAAUAUAAUAGAAAUAGAAUUGCCUAAUGUAUAAUCACUGUAUGAAAAUAUUGUUUCACAUUACUUGAACAUUCACAUUGUGGGCACUACUUAAACUCUGUCUGUGUGUACAUAAGCUUAAAUGGAGUCGAGAUUGUAUUCCUGUUAUUGAGAUGUUAGGGAAAUGAAAUUAUGAAUACCAUAUGUAAUAUUGAUGAUGCAAAUAAGGUGUUGUUUGAAUAAAGCACAAUGUUAUGUUUUCCUGCAGGUAAUGAUACAUGCUACAUAAUCUCAAAGGUUUCCAUGGCAUCAUAUAGCUAUGCAUGGUUUUAGAGUGCUUCAGCACUUCUGUAGUGGAAAGCCUCUUCACCUAUAGCUAGUAGUUUGUGGACACUUACUGAAACAUGAUGUGAACUCACCUUUUGUGCCCAAUGAGCUCAGAAAUGUUGUAUUUUUGAGCUUGAAUAAAAACGUAAAGCUCAGACCUGCUGUUGUUUACUGUCAAACCAAUGUUGUUCAUGUCGUUUAACUCACAAGGGAGAGAUGAUACAGAAGACGUCCAGAGAAGUCUGCCAUGAUGCCCCGAGGCCAACAAUAUAUUUAUGUUGGGACCACU